AUGGCAACAUUUGAUCGUACAAAACCCCAUGUAAAUGUUGGUACCAUUGGUCAUGUCGAUCACGGUAAAACGACAUUAACAGCGGCCAUUACAAAAGUUUUGUCAGAAACGGGCGGUGCGGAAUUUACCAGCUACGCCGACAUUGAUAAAGCCCCUGAAGAACGAGCACGUGGUAUUACAAUUUCUACUGCUCAUGUCGAGUAUGAAACAGACAAACGUCAUUAUGCACACGUUGACUGUCCUGGGCAUGCUGAUUAUGUGAAAAAUAUGAUUACGGGAGCUGCUCAAAUGGACGGUGGCAUUUUAGUCGUAUCGGCUGGUGAUGGGCCAAUGCCACAAACCCGAGAACAUAUUUUACUUGCUCGUCAAGUUGGUGUCCCAGCUCUUGUGGUGUUUAUGAACAAAGUGGACCAAGUGGAUGAUGAAGAGCUCUUGGAACUUGUGGAAAUGGAAAUUCGUGAACUUUUGGAAGCGUAUGACUUUCCAGCGGAUGAUAUUCCUGUUGUACAGGGAUCAGCUCUUGCAGCUGUGGAAGGACGUGAUCAUACUAUUGGACGGGAUGCUGUUUUGAAGCUCAUGGAUGAAGUUGAUGCGUACAUUCCAGACCCUGUUCGAGACUUUGAAAAACCCUUUUUGAUGCCAGUGGAAGACGUGUUUUCUAUCUCUGGUCGUGGUACUGUCGUGUCUGGUCGAGUGGAACAAGGUAUUAUCAAUACUGGAGAUGAAGUGGAGCUCGUGGGGCUGAAGCCGAGUUUCAAGACUACGUGCACGGGUGUCGAGAUGUUCAAGAAGUCACUUGACCGUGGACAGGCUGGAGAUAAUGUUGGUCUGUUGCUGCGUGGCCUCAAGCGUGACGAAGUGUUGCGUGGACAGGUGUUGUGCAAGCCUGGUACUAUCAAUCCGCACACCAAGUUUGAGGCCGAGGUGUAUGUGCUUAAGAAGGAAGAAGGUGGCCGCCACACGCCCUUCUUCAGCAAUUACCGACCGCAGUUUUUUUUCCGCACGGCCGACGUGACGGGCAACAUUCUGCUCAAGGACGGCACGGAGAUGGUUAUGCCUGGUGACAACACGGCCAUUGACAUUGAGCUCAUUCAUCCUGUUGCUCUGGACGCUGGUAUGAAGUUCAGCAUUCGUGAGGGUGGUCGUACCAUUGGUGCCGGUGUCAUUUCCAAGGUUGAGUCGUAG